ACACUCGUGCGCUGCGCAACACCGCCACGGCGUGUCUUCCCCUCACAAACUUACCAUCCCGCGUCACUGCAGCGAACAAAAACGGCAGCUGGACAACACCUCUCAACUCAAUAGAGGAGUCUAAACAAUGCCAUUGACUCCAAGUGCGUCGCGUUUACUUUGAGAUCUACCCGCCAAACCAAAUAGCCUACGUGGAGCUGGACGGGACGGGUGCGCGGGGCUUCGUUCUAAAGACAAAAGAGCACUGAUGCGAUUCACUUCAAAGUUUUGACGAUUUUAAACAUCAGGACGCAGCUGCAGACGUCUGCUUGGCUGGAUUUCUGAUGCGUUUCUGACGCGUUUCCUUGUGCGUAAAACGCGCCAGUAUCUGCAAAUUCCGAGAGUGGAUUCAUUGCAACGAUCUGCGCGUCUUUCCGCGAGCGAUCACUUUAAACACAAGCGCCAGCGUGUUUCUGUUUCAGUGCACUGAUAUUUUCCUCCUUUCUUAUGACAACUCGUGAUUGCGUCCAUCAGCGAAUGGCUGAAUAAAUUUAGGUGAUCAUUGGCACUUGAUCUGCUGUGGGAAUCACAAGGAGAGGACAAUGUUGAUGAAGGAAUACAGAAUAUGUAUGCCACUCACUGUGGAAGAGUACAGGAUCGGUCAGCUGUACAUGAUCAGCAAGCACAGCCACGAGCAGAGCGAGAGAGGAGAGGGUGUGGAGGUGGUGCAGAACACACCUUAUGAAGACCCCACGUACGGCCCAGGCCAGUUCACUGAGAAACGCAUUUAUCUCAACAACAAGCUGCCCAGCUGGGCCAGAGCUGUGGUGCCCAAAAUCUUCUAUGUGACGGAGAAAGCGUGGAAUUAUUACCCUUACACCAUCACGGAGUACACGUGUUCUUUCCUGCCAAAGUUCUCCGUCCAUGUAGAGACUAAGUAUGAGGACAACAAUGGCAACAAUGACAAUAUUUUUGAUACAGAGCUCCGAGAUGAAGAAACAGAAGUGUGCCUGAUCGACAUUGCCUACGAUGAGAUCCCAGAGCGCUACUAUAAGGAGUCUGAAGAUCCACGCCACUUUAAAUCAGAGAAGACGGCACGAGGUUUGCUGCAGGAGGGCUGGAGAGACACGCAGGACCCCAUCAUGUGCUCCUAUAAGCUAGUGACGGUCAAGUUCGAGGUGUGGGGUCUGCAGACACGCGUGGAGCAGUUUGUGCACAAGGUGGUACGAGAUGUGCUGUUGCUGGGCCACAGACAGGCCUUUGCCUGGGUCGAUGAGUGGAUUGACAUGACGAUGGAAGAGGUGAGAGAAUAUGAACGAGCCACUCAGGAAGCCACCAAUAAGAAGCUGGGAACAUUUCCGCCGGCGAUUUCCAUCAGCGAGACACCCCUGCCGGCCUGCGGUCGCAGCGGUCCGUCAAGUGCUCCCUCUACGCCGCUGUCCACCGAGGCCCCAGACUUCCUCUCCGUGCCCAAGGACAGACCACGGAAGAAGUCUGCUCCAGAAACCCUGACUCUGCCAGACUCAACGAGGAGAGACUCCGUCUUCCGCCUUCCAAAUCUCUUUUCAUGGGGUUCCACAUCCCCGCAACCAGAAUGAUUUUUUUUGUUGUUCAUAAUGUUGAGUCGGUCUCUCUUUAAAUGUCCAGGGGAUUUCCCAAACACACAAAACACAGAGUGGCUUUUCAACCUGUGCGACCUCAAUGAGUUAAUUUCCAAUAGGCCAAAAAGUGCAUUCGGUCAAUCCCACAGAUCAGUGUUAUCUCAGGAGUUGUGGACCGAGCUGACAUUUUGCCCUUUUUUGUACUGCCGAGCCCUUUUUCCUGCUGAUGUCAAAUAUGGAGAAGGAUUUACAGCCAUUGUUGAUUUGUUGUAGUGAUGUAUUCAAUGGUACAUUUGGCUCGGUCAAUAUUUCACUUGUGAUAUUAUGUUAACCCUUUCCUCAGGCUUCUGGAUUUCCCAAUAAAACUAUUGUGGUAGACAUGUACUGUAAAUAUUUGUUGGAAUGUAAAGGUUAAUAGGCGUUCACAAUUCUCAUGUCUUUAUCUUUGAUCUGUCCCAUUCCCAUGUACUUUACCGAUCUAGGACUUGGACGCUUGGUCUGUUAAUGGACGUUAGAAAGUGACACUGGUCUGUAUAUAGUUUAUCGUCAUGAUAUAUUGGUUCAUUUGAGGAGCAAAUUGAUCGUCCUGUUAUUUACCUGAUAUGUUCAUGGUUUGCUUUGAUGUGAUGCAUUAUUUUCCAUGUAUAGUAAAUGAAUCCGUAAUAAAUGCUUGUUCAUUAGAAUGUUGUAACAAGCUCUAAGGAAUGUGUAAUGCUGCUGGCCAAUGUAUACUAUGUAAAUUGAAAAGCUCUAGCUUGUAUUCUUGAUGGUUCACGCUUGCUGUAUGUUCUUUUGAACUUUAGCACCCUUUUCUAUAGCAUUCAGAAAUGCACAUGUCAAAUCUUGGGAAAUCAUGCCGUUGUCAACUACCAUUGUGAAAUUAAAGCAUUUGAUAUCUCUUUGUACUUCUACUUCAUUC